AUGGAGCCUUCCAACGUCGUUAUUGUUGCUUCUGCGUUUGUUGCUGCAUGUCGCCGCCAUUCUGUCGCCUGGAUGUGCCGCGGCGCGUCCUCCACCGAUGCGCUGAGUGUUGAGUCCCGCCCGUCCUCCACCUCUCUGACGGAGACGAAGCCGCACGUCACCUUCAUUGCCCCCAACACCAACGCAACUGCAGCAGCAACAAACAGAGGGAGGAGCGUGCGUGUAGAUGUGUAUGUGUGGCAAUGCCCCUCUAUCCUCCCCUUUUGUGUGUGUGUGUGUGUAUGUGUCUGGAGAUUUUUGCAAGGAGAAUAG